AUGCCAAGUGACGAAAUGAUCGACACAGAGGAUAUGGCGCAUCCGCAUGUUCCGUAUCGGAGGAGAACGAUGGCCACCGCCGAGUUCAAGGAGUUCAUUUCGACGAAGGGUUCGGAGCCGAAAGACUUUGGAAUCAAUCAUUCCAUUCCCGAUUGCGCCCCGCCAGCAACCUCAUCGCCAACGACGACAAGAAGAAUGUCAAUUGGAGAGUCAAUUAAUGGAAAGAUUUACGAUUGGGAGCAGCCAAGACUUGACAUCGAGGGAUUCGUGGUAAAUUUUUCAACAAACCUAUAUCUUUUCAUAACUGUUGUUUUUCAGGUUGACUACUUCUCGCAUCGAAUUAGGCAGAGUGGAUUCGAAUGGUUCGAUGCACCGAAUGUGCCAUCCGGAGUUCAGCCAGAACACGAGAUGAUGAGGGUGUUGGGAUCCAUCUUCGAGAAAAAGCACCGCGAACAGUUUGAUAACUUCGCAGAACAGCUCCUUGCAGUCCCCAGAAUAACGUUUUCAUUGUAUUCGGAAGUUGUCCAAGCCGUCGGAAAUUCGAGCGGUCCGUGUCCAAUGUCAUACGGACGCUUGGUACGAAAUAUCUUAAUCUUUCUGAUUCAUGUAAAGCUGAUUUUCAGAUAGGACUCAUUUCGUUCGGUGGAAUGCUCGCCUCGAGAAUGAUGGGCAAUCCAGAGUUGCAGGGACGAGUGAGAAACCUAUGGACGUAUACGGCGUUGUUCAUCAAGACACGUAUUCGACAGUCUUGGAAAGAACACAAUCGGAGCUGGGUAAGAGGAGAUAUUUGCAUAGACAUUAGCAGGCAAUGUCGGUGAGACGAAGAACCCUUGACUCGGCGGGAGGUGCCGUUCUCUUGGGUGUCUGUGAUCCGAUAAUUGCUGGGUUGGGAAAGUGAAGAGGGUUAUGUUAGAAAGGAGGGAGCAGAUGGGAACGUCUUCAAAUAUGUUUCUAUUCACGGGAAGAUAGGGAGCAAACAGAUUGUUUCAAUUGCAGGAAGAUUUCAUGAUCCUUGGAGCGAGCAUGAAGGCUGAAAACGAACGCGAAGAGCUGGAGAAACAACUACGAGAAAAGAAGAAGAACAGGAGAUGGUCGGUCGGAGCGGGAGUAGCUGCCGGCGCCAUUGGACUCGUCGGAAUAGUCGCAUUCGGAAGAAUCAUAUUCAGCUACAAGUAG